AAACAGACAAUAGACAACAGGCAAGUGAGAUAGCAGUUAGUUAUUGCACAUUCCUGAAUAGCUUAUAGAGUUAUAAGAUAUUGCACAUUUUAAGAAUUAUUGCACAGAAAGAAUAUAUAUUGCACACUCCAGAACAAAUAGUGCAGUGAAUGAUAAAGAGAGCAGAGGUGGAGUGGAACACUGGAACAGUGUACAGUGUCCUAUGAAGUCAGUGCCAGUACAGAGUUGAAGUGGUGUUCAGUCACUUGUACUGAGCUCUAUUGAAAGUCCUUAUCAGUGCGUGUUUGGAAGUGUUGAGUUCCCGUACGGCUCUGGGGUAAAAGCCGUUUUUAAGUCUGUUCAGGAUGGGAUGGACCUAAAGCGUUUACCAGAGGGCAGCAGGUCGAACAGAUGAUGUCCCGGGUGAAAUGUGUCCUUCAGGAUGGUGGCUGCCCUGCUGAGGCAGUGGGAGCUGAACAGGUCCUCCAGGCAGGGCAGUGGGCAGCCGAUGAUCUUCUUCUAGCGCCUCUAUCGCCUCCUGGGAUUACCGUGGAUCCUACUGACCCUUAGAAGAGGAAACACCCAACACCACCAUUCAAAUAGACUCCCGGUAUGGCUCGACGGGUGGCUGUGAUCGGAGCAGGCAACGCUGGACUGGUCUGCAUUAAAUGCUGCCUGGAUGAAGGGCUGGAGCCAGUGUGUUUUGAAAGCAGUGAUGACAUCGGAGGACUCUGGAGAUUUAAGGAGAAACCAGAGGCUGAGCGCUCCAGCAUUUACCGCUCACUGAUGGUAAACACCUCCAAAGAGAUGAUGUGUUUCAGCGAUUUUCCCAUGCCAGCACACUACCCAAACUACAUGAGCCACUCCCAGCUGCUGCAGUACUUCAGACUCUACGCAGAUCACUUUGAUCUGCUCAAACACAUUCACUUCCAGACCACAGUGCGCAGUGUGAGGCAGAGGCAUGACUUCUCUCAGUCUGGUCAGUGGGAGGUAGUAACUGAGAGCAGCGAUGGCUACAAGGAAACACACGUGUUUGAUGCUGUGUCUGUGUGUUCUGGAAACUUCACACAUCCAGUCACACCUAACUUUCCUGGCAUAGACACUUUCCAAGGGAAAUGCUCCCAUAGCUGGGAAUAUAAGGAUCCUGAUGAGUUCCGUGGAAAAAGAGUGGUGAUUGUUGGCAUUGGCAACUCUGGAGGAGACAUCGCUGUUGAGAUCAGCAGAGUAGCGGAGAAAACUUUCUUGAGCAUCCGUGAAGGAGUGUGGGUGGUGGGUCGUAUGGGCAGCAGUGGCCUGCCCAUGGACAUGAUGUUGCUUAGACGUGCAGCUUUCAUGCUUGCCCAACUGCUUCCACGAGCAUUGCUUAACUGGGUAUUGGAGAGAGCUUACAACCAGAAAUAUGACCACAGGCUAUAUGGACUGCAGCCCAGCUACAGGAUUCUGGACCGACCACUUGUCAUUAAUGAUGACCUGCCAGUACGUAUCCUCCAGGGGGCCCUGCAGGUGAAACCGAAUAUACAAGAGUUCCGUGGCUCAACUGUUGUAUUCGAUAAUGGAGCAAUAGAGGAAGGGGUUGAUGCGGUGGUAUUCUGUACAGGAUACAAAGCCACCUUCCCAUUUUUACCACCUUCCAUAACUAACAGUUCUGAGGGGGAACUGACCUUCUUCAAAAGAGUCUUCCCUGUGUCCCUAGAGCAUCCAACACUGGCUAUCUUUGGGCUAGUAUACCCCAAGGGACCUUUAAUGCCUGUGGAGGAGAUGCAGGCACGAUGGGCCACUAGAGUCUUUGCAGGGCUGAACCAUUUACCUUCUUUGGCAACAAUGUGUGAGAUUAUUAAAAAAGAAAUAAAAACAAAAACGGCUAGAAAUUCCAAGAUUACUGUUCUUGAGGAGGACUAUAUCCCUUACAUAGAUUCCAUCGCACAGGAAGUGUGUGCGCGUCCCAGCCUCCUUUGGCUGUUCUUAACGGAUCCUGGUCUGGGUUGGAAGGUUAUGUUUGGUCCCACAACCCCAUAUCAGUAUCGACUGUGUGGGCCAGGCCGCUGGGAGGGGGCUCGCCAGGCUAUCUUCACCCAGUGGGAGCGUGUGGUCCAGCCCCUGAACACACACCCCAUUCCGGAGCCCAAAUCCUCUGGCCUAACCCGCUGGCUGGGUCUGAUGGGAUGGGCUGUGAUCAUUUUUGCUGUCAUUGCAUUUCAAAGACAAAUUCCAAGGUUCUUUUAGAAUCAGGUCUCAUAGAUGGCCUCUUUGACAUCUGCUAAUAGUGCUGCAUCAUGGUGAAAUGAAGUGUGAUGUAAGUCGGUGGAACAGGACUCUCUUUAGUACUUCAGUUAGAAUAUCGUUGCUGUUGAGGGAAAAGAAAAAUUUGUAGCUCCUUUUUUGUAUUUGUUUUUUGUUUGUUUUUUUUGUUUUGUUUUGUUUUUGGUUUUUGUUUUUUUUGCAUGUUUUUCAUUUCUGACUUAAUUUGAAAAUGGCUGUUGUUUUUUUUACAUUGCAUGUAAAUUUCAUGAUGAAUGGAUCAAAAGAAAUGGCACAGAAUUCCUGGGAAUAAAGUCUGGUUCCAUUGACUUACAUUCAAACUGACAUUCGAAGAUAUAAUAUUUUGUUCUGACAGCAGCCAUGGAUUAUAUAUUGUUGCACAUUGCUCCUAAAUAAUACUGAAGAUUUUGGACAGGCUGCGUUUAUCAUGUUGAUUAGCAUCCCUGUUAUAAGAAGAGUAAACAGUUCUGAAAUUUACUUUAUUUCAAUCUCCAGUUCUGAAAAAUAUUUUGUAAAUUUAUAUUUGGAGAAAAUAAACUUCUUUGUGUAAAUGUA